AUGAGUGACGAUGAUUCUAUGCUAUUGAACUUUACUACUAAUGAUGAUGCUACAGGAAGCUCUUAUAAGCAAGCUGCGAGGGUGACAGGUGGUCGAUGGAAAGAUAGAAGAAGAAUGAAGAUGAAGCUAGAGGGCAAGACAGCCUCGAAAAAAAGAAGAUCAAACAGUACGGGUGAACAAGGGUCAGUUCCUGGAAGAGGUGGGAAUUCUAAUAGAAAAAUCCAUAAAGACAACGUUACUAGAUCAGAAGAUCAGGAAAAGCUUAAAAGUAGAAGUGCGCACAGUGCUCAGGGAAGGAAUUUACCAGCAGACUCUCAGUUUGUCUCCUCUUUGUUCACAUCCAACAGAGAGAUCACAACUGCUGUUAACACUAAUAUUCAUGAUGAAAAUGUUGUCAUUAAUCCGUCUAACGCACCAUUGAAAGGUGACAUGUUUGCGUCUCUAGGUGUUUCUGAUGUUCUCGUUUCUCACCUGGAGCAAAAAAUGCGUAUUCAAAAGCCUACUAGCAUUCAAAAGCAAGCCAUUCCUCAGAUAAUUCAUAAUGCGGGGAGAAAUGAUUUCUUCAUCCAUGCUCAAACAGGUUCAGGGAAGACUUUAUCAUACCUCUUACCCAUAAUAUCCACUAUUUUAAAUAUGGAAACCCGUGUUGAUCGUACUUCUGGUGCGUUUGCCUUGGUUGUUGCGCCCACACGUGAACUGGCGUCACAAAUAUACCAUGUUUGCUCUACUCUUGUCUCGUGCUGUCACUUUUUAGUCCCAUGUUUAUUGAUUGGUGGAGAACGUAAGAAAUCGGAAAAAGCUAGGUUGCGUAAGGGUUGUAAUUUCAUUAUUGGUACACCAGGUCGUAUUUUGGAUCAUCUGCAGAAUACAAAAGUCAUUAGGGAGCAAUUGAGUCAAUCUUUGAGGUACAUCGUAUUGGAUGAAGGAGAUAAGUUAAUGGAAUUGGGGUUUGAUGAGACAAUUAGCGAAAUUAUAAAGAUUGUUCAUGAUAUUCCUAUUAGCUCAGACAGAUUCCCCAAGCUACCCAACAAGUUAGUACAUAUGCUAUGUAGUGCCACGCUAACUGACGGUGUUAACAGGCUAAGAAACGUGGCCUUGAAAGAUUACAAAUUGAUUAGCAAUGGUACCAACAAAGACGCUGACGCUGUAACAGUAGCACCCGAUCAGCUGUUGCAGAGAAUUACUAUUGUUCCACCAAAAUUACGUCUUGUUACUUUAGCUGCUACUCUGAACAAUAUUAGCAAAGAUUUCAUUUCUACCGACCCACAAUCUAAAACGCUGCGUACAAUUGUAUUCGUGUCAUGUUCAGACAGUGUCGAAUUUCAUUAUGAUGCAUUUUCCGGUAGUGAUGGACACCAUAGAAAUUUAACAGGUGAUUCUGUCAGACUACUGACAAAGGGGAAUACCAUGUUUCCCUGUUUUUCAGAUUCUAAGGACCCUAAUGUGGUGAUUUAUAAAUUGCACGGUUCUUUGUCUCAACAAACAAGAACCUCCACAUUGCAGCAUUUUGCUCGUGAUAAUGAAACCACUAUGGGAAAACAUUUAAUCAUGUUCUGUACAGAUGUGGCAAGUAGAGGUCUAGACCUUCCCCAAGUUGGGUCUGUUAUUGAGCUGGACCCACCAUUUGCUGUUGAAGACCAUUUGCAUAGAGUGGGCCGUACCGCACGUGCUGGUGAGAAAGGUGAAAGUUUGUUAUUUUUACUUCCUGGUGAAGAAGAAAAAUAUAUGGACUACAUCCAGCCUUAUCAUCCAAUGGGAUGGGAAUUAAUUAAGUUUGACAAAGAAAUACUAAUGCCCGCUUUUAAAGAUGUAAAUGUCAAUAGAAAUGACAAAUUCAUUAGAAAAGAUGACAAAUCUUCCAAGAAUAAAGAUGGGGAUGAGAAAGAAUAUGAGUGGGAUACUAACGCCACAACAUGGCACUUGAAUAUAGAAAGAAGAGUAGUAGGUGAUUCAGCAUUCAAAAACUUAGCUGUUAAAGGUUUCAUUAGUCAUGUGAGGGCUUAUGCAACACAUAUAUCGCAAGAAAAGAAGUUCUUCAACGUGAAAUUCUUACAUUUAGGUCAUUUAGCCAAAAGUUUUGGGUUGCGUGAAAGGCCUAAGGCUAUGGGAUUGCAAAGUAGUAAGGAUGGCAACAGCGAAAAGAAGCCAACCAAGGAAAACUCUAAAAAUAAAAUGUUUCGCAUGGCUCGUAUGGCGGAGAAGCAAAUAGCAAGUGAAUUCAACUACUAA